GAGCAGGGAGGGGCUGGUUUGUUGACAGGAAGUGUGUGUAAGAACUGAAACAGGAGGAAAACGGUGGACUUUUGCGCUUAAAUGAGUCAAAACGUCGAAGUGAAUUAUGACUUUUAAGGUCGACAGCAGGCAAUGAUGCAAUGGAGGUCAGUAGUCGUGGGUCUUCUCGUUCUGAGAGUGGUUCUGAAUUGCGCCGUGUGGCUAGUGUUUGGACUGGGACCGAGCUGGGGCUUUGACUUCCCCAUCAAAUUUACUUUCAACUUGCAUAAAAUCGAACUUCUCAAGGAUGGCGACAGAGCCACUGUCAAACCCAACGCCUGGUCACAGCACAUGCACGACAACAGAAACCCUCAGACAAAGACCUGCUCCAAGAUCACUGGGAAUUCACCAAAAAUGUCCUACCUCAGAUUCUUUCAGGAGGGCAGAGAUGAUUACGCUCGAAAGUACAGCUCAUUUCCAGACGCGCUGAAAGUGAAGAUGAGGGGGAUGGCGAGAGACAUGUUUUAUUUCGGAUAUGAUAACUACAUGAAGUUUGCCUUUCCAGAGGAUGAACUGAACCCUAUAGCUUGUGAAGGUCGAGGGCCUGACGUGCUCAACCCGUCAAAUAUCAACAUUAAUGAUGUCCUUGGAAACUACUCUCUAACCCUCAUCGAUACUCUUGAUACACUGUUGGUGCUUGGAAAUGUGACAGAGUUCCAUCGAGCUGUCCAGCUGGUUAUUGAUACAGUCUCUUUUGACAAGGACUCCACUGUUCAAGUCUUUGAGGCUAACAUUAGAAUCCUUGGCAGUUUGAUCUCGGCCCAUAUUUUGCUGACUGACCCACGGCACCCGUUUGGCGACGUUGGACUGAAGGACUAUGACAAUGAGCUGCUACACCUGGCACACGACCUGGCUGUGCGACUGCUGCCUGCCUUUGAAAACACUAGCACGGGUAUUCCCUACCCCAGGGUGAAUUUAAAGACUGGCGUCCCUCCUGACAGCAUUAACGAGACCUGUACGGCAGGGGCGGGCUCACUGCUUGUUGAGUUUGGCAUUUUGAGCCGUCUGAUUGGUGACUCAACAUUUGAGUGGGUCGCCCGGCGGGCUGUUAAAGCACUAUGGAACUUGAGAAGUAAUGAAACAGGGCUGCUGGGGAAUGUGGUGAACAUUCAGACUGGUCAGUGGGUUGGAAAGCAGAGUGGACUUGGUGCUGGCAUGGACUCGUUCUAUGAGUACCUGCUCAAGUCAUACAUCUUGUUUGGAGAGAAAGAAGACUACAGGAUGUUCUCUGCAGCUUACGAGAGCAUUCAGAGUCACCUGAGAAAGGGAAGAGAGGCAUGCAAUGAAGGAGAGGGAGACCCACCUCUCUAUGUGAAUGUGAACAUGUUAAAUGGACAGAUCAUGAAUACUUGGAUUGACUCUCUGCAGGCAUUCUUCCCGGGCCUACAGGUUUUGAAUGGAGAUGUUGAAAAUGCCAUUUGCCUUCAUGCCUUCUACUAUGCAAUCUGGAAGCGCUUUGGGGCUCUUCCUGAGAGAUACAACUGGCAGCUUCAGGCCCCAGAUGUGCUCUUCUACCCUUUAAGACCUGAACUAGUGGAAUCCACAUACUUGCUCUAUCAGGCAACCAAGAAUCCUUUUUAUCUUCAUGUUGGGAUGGACAUUCUUGAAAGCCUUGAAAAGAAUACCAAAGUCAGGUGUGGUUAUGCCACUCUCCAUCACGUGGUGGACAAGUCCAAAGAGGAUCGAAUGGAGAGUUUCUUCCUCAGCGAAACCUGCAAAUACCUUUACCUGCUCUUUGAUGAAGACAACCCUCUGCACAAGUCUGAGAAUAAGUACAUCUUCACUACAGAAGGCCAUGUAGUGCCAAUAGACCAGCACUUCAGGAAAAAGAGUUGGGAAGAACAGUACCCCUGUGAAGAGUCUAGCAAAAAGCCCCCAGCCAACAUAAGCAACUGUGAAAGGAUUCCUGAAGAGCGACGUUAUGGUCUUCCGCUAAAGAGCAUGUACAUGAGGCAGAUUGAUCACAUGGUUGGGCUGUCCUGACAUCAAUACUGCCACCUGGAGCCCUGGAGGCAUCAACAUUUAUAAAAACCCUGGAGGGGUUCCGGAACAUACCUCUUCAAAACAGAGAAAAUUUCAGUCUCGUUUGCACAGCGAGUGACAAAGUAUUUGUUCAGCAGAUUAUGUGAACACCAGUACAAGUUGUUCUUGUUUUGUGGACAUGACAGUGUCAUACUUGUGUCGGACCAAAUGUUUGGAUUUGGUUCCACAUUCGAAUCCAUCCAGUGACGGUCUUUGGCAUCAGAGAAUAAAACAUUCAGGGCAGUUUGGCUCUUCAGAAUAUCAAAAAAAUUCUAAACUGUUUUUUGAUUCUUGGGGCUGAUUAUUUUUAUAUUGUGCAAUCUUGUGUGUUUACACAUGAAAUGUUUUCCUACACGUAUUCUUCAGUGCCAUGUUUAAUGAAAUCUUGAUCAAGUAUUAUAAAGGGCUCUACUGGGUUGUGAGAUGGUGGACAUGUUUCAAAUUUCUUCUCAAGGAACAAACUCAAAUAAGCUUUACACUUGAAAAGCAGUUUUUAUGUCGACUAUGUGCCUUUCCGGAACACAUACAAUGCGGACUUUAAUACAAAUCGAACUGCUUUCUGAAAAUACUUUCACUUUGCAAUUUGACUCGAUUUUUCUCAGAUCUUGUGAACACUGUGGCCUGUUCCACUUUUUCAGUUGUAGCUUUUUUUUUAUUGUCAGUGCAUUGUGAUAAAAUUGCAAAAGUUUUAUUAUGUAGCCUUGAUGUUUGCUGAGUUUUGAAAUCCACACUUAUUCAAGCUCAAGCUCAGCUUAUUCAAGUCUUUUGACAAUGAUAACCUCUUGUAAUUUUGUUCAUUUUCACUUUUGGAAAUGCUGUGGAUUGACUCUGAAUUAGGUUUGAAAUUCCAAUUACAAACUUGUGAGGAAACAUGCAUAUUAAAAUGUCAGUUGCAACAAAAGUGUGGAAAAGGAUUAUGUUCAUGGACCAAAUAUUACAACAUGUAACAACAACAUGUGCCUUUUUGCAUAUUGUGAAUUUUUGAUCUGUCCUCAGGAUUAUUAGUAUGUGAUUUGCUUUGCUAGCUUUUUUUUUUUUUUUUUUU